GCUGGCGACUCAUUUUGCCUUUUGUGUUUAUGUCGAGCAUUAUGGUUGAGUCUUGAGUAAAAAUGGCGUUCACGUAAAAAAACAAAAAACAAAAAAACUGAAUAUAGCUUUAGCUGCUUUCGGACAUGARUUGGAAAACAUCUUAAAUGUUAGCCUGCCGUGGACGAGUUUAUGAAAAAUGAAUAAAGGGUGGCUGGAGCUAGAGAGUGAUCCAGGUCUGUUCACUCUGCUGGUGGAAGAUUUUGGUGUUAAAGGUGUGCAAGUAGAGGAAAUCUAUGAUCUUCAAAGCAAGUGUCAAAGUCCUGUUUAUGGCUUCAUUUUCCUGUUUAAGUGGAUUGAAGAGCGUCGGUCCAGGAGAAAAAUCAACACCUUGGUGGAUGAGACKUCUGUCAUUGAUGAGGAAAUUGUAAAUGAUAUGUUCUUUGCGCAUCAGUUGAUUGCCAACUCAUGUGCCACUCAUGCUUUGCUGAGCGUCCUUCUGAACUGCAGUGGAGUUGAGCUUGGCACCACACUCAGUCGCAUAAAGGCUUUUACAAAAGGCUUCAGUCCAGAAAGCAAAGGUUACGCAAUAGGAAACGCCCCAGAGCUUGCCCGAGCACAUAACAGCCAUGCCAGACCGGAGCCCAGGCACCUUCCAGAGAAACAGAACGGGAUCAGUGCAGUGCGGACCAUGGAGGCCUUCCACUUUGUCAGCUACGUGCCAAUCAAAGACCGUCUCUUUGAACUUGAUGGACUCAAGGCUUACCCCAUUGACCACGGGCCUUGGGGUGAGGAUGAGGAGUGGACUGAUAAGGCUCGGCGUGUUAUCAUGGAGAGGAUUGGACUUGCCACCGCUGGCGAGCCGUACCACGACAUCCGCUUCAACCUGAUGGCAGUGGUGCCUGACCGCAGAAUGAAGUAUGAGUCCAAACUGGAAACUCUAAAGAAGAAUCGACAGACGAUUCUGGAGGGUCUGCAGAAGAUGAUCCGUCUCACUCAGACUGAGCACGUUCAUGACAAAAAGCAGCAGGACUCUUCCUCACCAGAUGAAAGCACCGUCAAGAAAGAAGCAGAUGGAGGCCCAGGUAAUUCCCAAGGAUCCUCCACAGAAUCUGUGGAUGAUUCAGGGACUCCGUCCAAGGAUGGAUCCAGUCCCUCAGGAGGCACUAAAGUCAUGGGAAAACCCCCAGUCCCCAUUGGAGGAGGUGCCCAGCAGGUCACCAGUCCAAACCCUAUUGUUCAGCGCCUGCCUGCCUUCCUGGACAACCACAACUACGCCAAGUCUCCAAUGCAGGAGGAGGAAGAUCUUGCAGCAGGAGUUGGUCGCUCUCGAAUCUCAGGCCCGCCCCAACGCCAAUACUCAGAUGAUGAAGAUGACUAUGAUGAAGAUGAAGAAGUCACAACUACUGCAAGCACUUCCACCAGAUUUAGACGGAAGGCAAGUCUUCGCUCAAGAACAGGCCGGACCGGGACAGGAGUGGAGAGCCAAAUUGCCCUCAAUGUUUUGGCUGAAAAACUGAAAAAAGAGGCUCAAAGAAAAGACGCCUUAAACACUCCCCUGUCCGUGCGCACCGAAGGCCGCACCGGGGGGAUUUGCAUCACGUCUGCCUCGCAGCCAUCCCCCACCCCGAGCAACGAAAGCACCGACACGGCCUCGGAAAUCGGCAGCGCUUUCAACUCCCCGCUGCGCUCGCCGGCACGCUCCCAGGCUGCCACCCGCCCGUCCAGUCCAGUCGCAUCCCAUCUGUCCCGAGUUCUGUUUGGAGAAGACGAGAUGCUGAGGCUAGACUCCAGACAUAACCGUGCUGUGAGAGAACUCGGACCCUCUGUCAGCGUAACGCUGCUACACCUACAGGAAGACGGAGUCAUCCAUGCUCAGCCUCCAUCUGGAGAUUUGACACCCGAGGGCACUAAAGUUUGUACUCCAGAAAAAGUCAAAGAGAAAGCAGAUGAAAAAGAUGGCUUGAAGGAGGAAGAAGAAGGAGCGUCAGUGGAGGUGAAGAAAGAAGAGGAGGAUAAAGAUGGAGCAGAGGUGAAACCAGGCAAGGAGAAGCUCAACAGCACAGAGUCUGGUGCAGACAGCAAGCCCCUCGGCGAUAAAUACUCUCCUAAAGAGCUGCUUGCGCUGCUCAAAUAUGUAGAGGCUGACAUCGCCAAUUAUGAAGUGUCUCUAAAGGAGGAAGUCGAGAAGAGGAAAAAAUACAAGAUUGAUGAUCAGAGGAGGACCCAUAAUUACGACGAGUUUAUCUGCACCUUUAUAUCAAUGCUGGCCCAAGAAGGCAUGUUGGCCAGUCUCGUGGAGCAAAACAUUUCUGUGCGCCGGCGGCAGGGAGUGAGCAUCGGCCGUUUGCACAAGCAGAGGAAGCCCGACCGAAGGAAACGCUCCAGACCUUACAAAGCCAAACGGCAGUAAUCAGAAACAAUCAGAAAGUCAAUAAGUAAUCUGUGAGCACAAAGCAAUCUGGGCAGAGGGAAAAGAAAACCUGACACACUCCUGAAAGUUGUUCCUAAAGGCAGUGUCGGUGUGAAUUUUAACCAGAAACUCUUCUGCUUCAUAAAAUGAACCAUUGAUGCUUACAAAUGAAUCUGUUUUUUAAUGUUUUAUUUGUCAAUACGGUAAUAACUUCAUCGAGCAUGGACUUAUUUAAACCCCUGUAACUGUAUGUACUCCAGAAGUCAAGAUUUCUUCAGUGCCAAUAAAUUAUUAAAUGAUAGUUUUUUUUCUUCCAUUUUCUGAAUUUCAGCUUCAGCACAUUUAUUUCAUAGACUCAACUUAAUAUAACAUAAUUUUAAUCUCAUUUAUGUUCUUGUCAAUUUCAAUCUCAAGUCAGAUUGUGUCGGAGUUCUUUUUAUUUUUCAGUGGAAUUAGUUUUUGAUAAAGGAUCUUUACUUGUUUUUGUACAUGUAACAUUUUUGAGGUCCUACAAAUGAAAACUCCAUUUCCCAGUGUUAUUUUUCUACCUGACAUGGAUCUCAGUGAGCUGAUAUGCAGGUACAGUUUGAUAGCUGAGUGGUUUUUGUACAUAUUUAUGUGUUAACUGACUCACUUGUACAUUGAGUUCACUCGUUCUCUGUUACUUUUAUUCUGAAAUAAAGUUAGUGUGAAUACCUUC